AUGGCGCUGCGUUAUGUUCUGGUCGGACUCAAGCAAAACCACACCUUGCAGCUCUGGGAUAUCGGGCUUGGCAAGGCUGUGCAGGAGCUCAAGUUCCCUCACGAGAACGAGUCUGAUGCUAUCUGCAGCGUUGCCUAUCACCCGGCUUCUGGGGUUGUUGUUGUCGGACACCCUACUCGCAAUUCGAUUUACUUUGCCCACCUGUCCGCACCACGAUACAACCUGCCUCAGAUGUCUCAGGCAGCAUACAUUCAGGCCCUUAACGACAAGGACAACACUGUUCCUAAGCCUGAGUCGACCGCCUGCUUGAGUGGAAUUCGGGAGAUCUCUCUCGGUUCCAAGGGCCAGCUGAGAAGCUUAGAGCUCCUUCCCAUCUCGAAGUCCGCCACUGACAAGCGUGGAACUGAGGAGUCUGCUCUCUUUGAGCUGUACGUCAUGCACUCACGUGGUGUGACCUGCUUGAACAUCAAGAAGGAGGACUUGGGUUGGACAGCCGAUAAUAAGGUCAUUCGACCUGUUGAUGCUGUGGAGCACGGCUUGAUUGAUAUCAGUGACCUGGCGACUUUCCCCAGCUUUGCCAGUGAUGACCCCUCUGUCAAUGGUGACAACGUCUCUGUUCAAUCUCGCGCUGCUCACAAGGAGCCUGUCAAGAAGGUGGAUUUCGGCGAAUCGACUUCUGGUGUUGCUCCUUCGCGUGGCGCAUCGCCCAUUAAGUCGUCCAAGAAGAAGGCUUUUGAUGAGCCCGAUGUAGCAGCGGCACCCGUCUUGGCUGAAAAGUCUGACAAGAAGAAGAAGAAGAAGGCUUCUGCUGCUGAGGCAAAGGCAAAGGACCCUGUUGCCGCCGCUAUUGUCGAGCCUCUUCCAGUUCCUUCGGUCACCAAGGAAUAUGAAUCCCUUGCCUCAUCUGCCACUGCGACGGGCGCGACUCAGGCCGCUGACCAGGCCUUGUCUGCCACCCCCAACUUGUCCGGCUUCGAUCUUACCAGCGAGGCCCUUGGCAGACACAUCCAGAACGUGGAGGAAACUGUCUCGACUCAAUUCACCAAAACCCUUGGUAUUGAGUUUGAUAAGCUGAACCGUAUGUUGGAUGAUGAACGCCGCCACUGGGACGCUGCCGGAAGCUCCAGGAUUGAACAAGUUCUGCGCUUGGUCUCCAGCUCUCUGUCUGACAAUGUUGAGAAAAGCCUGGCCCGCAUUGUCUCGACUAGCAUUGAGAGUAGUGUGAUUCCCAGUCUCGCUGAUAGCACCUCGGCUGCUGUCAGCAAGCAGCUGGAAAGUGUCGUUGCCAAACAGCUUGGAGGCGCCUUGAACGAGGAAUUGCGACAGGCUCUCCCCAAGACAGUCAUCAAUGCUAUGGAACAGCCACAUGUGAUCAGGGCUGUUACCGAUUCCAUUGCCCAGAACCUUUCUCCUCGCAUUGAGGCUGAAGUGGUCCGCGUUAUGCAGAAGUCGCUUGGCCCCAUGCUCGAGAGCCUGGGACGUACUACACAGAAGGUGGAGUCAGACAUGGAACGUCAUUUGCAGGCUCAGGUCAAGCACUAUGAAGCCCAACGCCAGGCCGACAAUGCCAAGAUUGAGGAGAUGUCGAACAUGCUGCGUGGUUUGACCCAGACCGUUGCCUCUUUGGCCGCCAACCAGAGCCACUCAAAUUCUCAACGUGAGAUUCUCCGUGAGGCCCCGCGUGAGGCCCCGCGCGAGGCCCCCCGUGAGGUCCCCCGUGAAGCUCAGCGUGAUGCUCAGCAAGUCAACGUCAAUAAGCGCGCCUCCAUUGGUCGUCCCUCCGGAAACCAGGCUCGCAUGCCCCAGUUGCAUCAGCCACAGCCGAUGCCUCAACCCGCGCCAAUCCCCCAAGUCGCCCCGGUUCCCGUGCCUGCUCAGGCACCCACUCCUCGGACUCCCGAGGAAGCUGAGCUGGUGGAUAUCGCUCAUUGUAUCAACACCGGCCACUAUGAGGAAGGCACUGUCAAGUGGCUCCAAUCGGACCAGCAAGCCGACCUCUUCGACAACUUCUUCGUUCGCGUGUCUCCUGCAUUCCUGUCGCGACUUCCCGCAAUCGUUCUGCUCUCCGUUGCCGUUGCUGUGACUUCCAGCUGGCAGACCAACAUCGGUCAACGCCUUCACUGGCUCGACGUGGUUCUCCAAAGUGCCAACCCCGACGACAAUGAUCUCCGUGAAGUCGCACCUCGCAUCCUGGACAUUAUGAGCCAACGCCUGAACACCCUGUACAUGAACAUUGUCGAGCGCAACCCGCAUGACCCAAUCCUGCGCCUCAUCGCACCCCUUGCUCGUCGUACCCGGGAGCUACACUCCACCAUUUGA